UGAGGAUUCCCCCUUGGCUAUCCCACCUCGGGUACCUCUCGCCCAGGACAAGUCCAAAGCACCCGGCCACAACCUCAUGUCCAUUCCCAGGGGGGGUAUCGCCUUGCCCCAGCCCACCGCGGAGGAGUGGCGCUCCCUGCGCCCCUCACCCCCCAAUCCUUCCGCCAGUCCCAUAGUACUCCACCGGGCGGGCUACAGAGUCCCGCCACCUCAGCCCCCCAAGACAGGCAUCUCCGUCCAUUCCGUCAAGCAAGCUAUAAAAGAACAAGAGGAGGAUGGAAGCGCUGAAGGAGAGGAGGAGGACACAGAAGAAGACCGGAGAGGAUCCUCUAUUGGCUUGGGAGUUCAGACAGCUGGAUGUGCCUCUGUACCAGACGUACCGUGCUACCGUCAUCCACAAGGAGAUCCGGCGCCAGACGGUGUGCCGCAACACCAGCAAGACCAGCGCUGACUACCACAUGGACUGGACCGCACGCCGGGGUGGAGUGGGCAUGGGGUCGGGCGGCGUGGGGGCGGUGGGCAACGGCAAUGGGGCACCCAGUGCUACUAUUCCGUUGCCCAUCCCGGGCCAGACCACCCUAUGGCAGGACCUACCAGAAGUACAGAAAAGUGGGGUGCUGGAGACCCUCAGCCCUGAACAGUGCAAGUACCAGGAGAGUAUGUUUGAGGUGUUGACAUCGGAAGCAUCGUACGUGCGUUCCCUACGCGUUCUCAAUGAACACUUCCUGGAAUCCCGGGAGCUGGAGGAGGUGCUGAUCAUCCGGGACAGGAAGACUCUCUUCUCCAAUGUCCUGCGAGUCCUGGAGGUCAGCGAGAGUUUUCUGAUGGCCCUGCAGAACCGUAAGGAAGAGAGUCUGGUGUUCUCCGACAUCUGUGACAUCAUCCAUUUCCAUGCUCAGCACAACUUCCCGGUCUACAUCGACUACGUCCGCAACCAAAUAUACCAAGAUAAGACUUACUCCUCCCUCAUGAAAACCAAUGUGGACUUUGCCACGGUCAUCACCCGUCUGCAGGAGUCUCCUCAGUGUCAGCGGCUGCCAUUUAUGUCCUUCCUGCUGCUGCCCUUCCAGCGAAUCACACGCCUCAAGAUACUUAUCGAGAACAUCCUGAAGAGAACAAAUGAAGGGACGAAAGAAGAGCAGACUGCCUCCAAGGCCUUGGACUCUGUUUCUAAGAUCAUAGAGGAGUGCAACACUCAGGUCGGAAAGAUGAAGCAGGUGGAAGAGCUGAUCCACCUCUCCAAGACGCUGGAGUUUGACAAGCUCAAGGCCAUCCCCAUCAUUUCCCAAACCCGUGUCUUGGAGAAGCGUGGGGAGUUACAGGAGAUGGCCAAAGGGAACACCCUUUUCAACCUGGGUCACAAGUUCACCCCCGUCUACCUCUUCCUCUUCAAUGACCUGCUCAUCAUCGCCACCAAGAAGGGUUCAGAGCGUUUCGUGGUGUUGGACCACGCCCACCGCACCCUGGUCCAGGUUCAGCCAAUAGGAGACGACCAGGUCUCCAACCCUAGCUAUGAACACUGCUUCUGUCUGACUCUACUGGAGAACCACCAGGGACGCAUGAUGGAGCGACUGAUGAAGGCCCCUUCACAGUCUGACCUGCACCGGUGGAUAGCAGCAUUCCCUGACCCCAUGAAACCUGAUGGGGACAAGGAGGAGGUUGUCUAUGAGGACUGGGACUGUCCUCAGGUGCAAUGUGUGGAGCAGUACGUCGCUCAGCAGGCUGACGAGCUCAACCUAGAAGCCACUGAGAUCAUCAACGUGGUGCGCAAGACCAACGAGGGUUGGUACGAGGGGAUCCGUCUCUCCAACGGACAGAAGGGCUGGUUUCCUGUGGAGAACGCUAUAGAGAUCACCAACGAGCAUGUGCGGCGGCGGAACCUUCGAGAACGCUAUCGGGUCAUUCAGGCCGCCAGCAUUGUCACCAACAACAAGGCCAAGACUACCCCGCAAUGUUGAUGGAACAUCAGGAGAACAUUGACAGACGCUCCGCAGAAUGUCAGUCGAACGUUUACAUAACGUCACUAGAACGUUGCUGGAAUAUUAAACUGGAUAGGGGAGAGUGAACCAGUGCUUGCCAUGCAUGCUCCCCUGAAGAACUCUUAGCUGGAGACAUAAGGAGCUUUUGGAGGAGCCCUAUCUUAUCAAAUUGUUUGAUCGGCAUGUUUUGUUCAAAUUAUUCAUUUGGUGAAGUUAUGGGAUAGUGUUUUUUUAGGGAACUUUUAAGAACCAGGAAAUUAUAUGUAAUCUUACGGGAGGAAAAGGAUGAGAAACUUAUUCUGAACCUAGUGUACUUAUCCCUGUAAAGUUUGCCUAAUGUUGAGAGAGAGAGAGAGAGAGAGAGAGAGAGAGAGAGAGAGAGAGAGAGAGAGAGAGAGAGAGAGAGAGAGGUGUAUGAACCUGCACCUAACCCCACACU